AUGUUGAAAGGUCCCUUGGGGAUGUCUAGGAGAUUCUCAGUUGCUUACAUUGGCACGAGUUGGUCCAUUCAGCAGAGGCUCCAUGAGGCGUUGAUGUAUGGAUGGAAGCCUUUUCUCACAUCCAAAGACUUCCAGAGGGUUCUCGCCGGUCUCAAGGCCAUCAAGAUCCGAGGUUCAUAUAAGCCACAGAGCCGUGGACACCUGGACGAUGUAGUUCUUUACACAGCCCGGCCUGGUGUUGGCCAGCGUCCUGCCGAGUGGGUGGAGAGAUGCACUUGCCCGACCGGCUAUGAGGGAGAUUCUGCGAGCAAUGUGCGACCGGCUACACCAGGCACCAGCCCGAGCUGGGACCGUUCCUGCUACCCCAGCGACGUUGCCCCAGUUACCUGCCCAGAUGGUUACUACACUGAUCCAGACAACCUCAGUAGCUGUGUCAAGUGCCCCUGCCCCAGCAGAGUGGGUUGCACAGUGUCCCCGGCCACCAGAGAUGUGGUGUGUAUGGGCUGCCCCCCAAAAACCAUGGGCUCGCGGUGUGAGAUGUGCGAGGAAGGAUACUUUGGCAAACCGCUGGCGGGGAGACCCUGCCAGCCCUGCAUGUGCAACGGCAACACCGACCCCAAUUCCGUGGGCAACUGUGACCAGGACACCGGCGAGUGCCUGAAAUGCCUGUACGGCACCACCGGGCCCCAUUGCGAGAGGUGCAAAGAGGGAUUCCUUGGAAACGCGCUCAAUCCGCAGCCAUCUGAAAAGUGCAAAUUGUGCCGUUGUGACCCAAGAGGUUCCUGGUCCUCACAAUGCAGGAGUGAUGGCACAUGUGAUUGCAAGCCAGGAGUGUUUGGGCCUCAGUGUGACCGGUGUGCAGGGGAUAGAUACUACAAUAGCACCACGGGCUGCCAGGAAUGUCCCAGCUGUUACCAGGCGGUGCUGAACAAGGUGGCAAAACACCAGACCACAGUGAGCGAGCUGGAAAUCCUCAUCUCAAAGGUCAACAGGGAUCCAGACUCGGUCGCUGACAAGGACUUUGAGGAGAGGUUGAGGAAGACAUUGCGAGGAGUGUCUGAAAUGGUGGUAGAAGCCAGAACCGUCAAAGUGGACGAUGAGAAAAACGUCAGAUCCCUGAACACCAUCAACCGACAGCUGAGCAGCAACACCGCACGCCUGGAUGCUGUCAAGAGAACCGUCGACGAGACCAGAAGGUUGUCGGCAACGUAUGAUGACCAAGUGCGCAGGACAGACCAGCAGCUUAACAAAAUCAGGACUGAGAUCCAGAAAGCUAGGACAGAAAUGACACGCAUACCGACAUUGCCUGAUAAUCCAAGAGGAGACAGCAACUUGGUGAGCCUGGCAGAUGAGGCCCGUAGACUAGCAGACGAGCACAAGAGAGACGCAGAUAACAUCGAAAGUCUCUCCGAGAGCGCCAACGACCUGUCUUCCAGUGCCUUGCAGCUGAUUCGCGAAGUGCUAGACAAUGAUAAGAAAGUCACACAAUCCAUUGACCGGCUGGAGCAGCAGUUCAAGGAGAACAACGACAUGGUAAAAGAUCUUGAAGAACAAGCUGACAGGAUAAACACCAGAUCACAGAAGUCUAGUGAUAGAGCCUCACAGAUCUUUAAUGAGCUGAACAACUUGCCUUCGAUUGAUAUAAACGCCCUGACUGAAAAUGCAAAUAGGCUGGAGAUCAAAGAAACCGGCAUUGAGCUUGAUCUUAACAGAAAGAUUGACGACUACGAGAGGCGGCAGAGUAAAUUGAAUGAAUAUCAGGACGACGUCAGAAAACUUUUAGAAAAAGGAAAAAUUGAUCAGAAGACUGCUGAUGUGCUAUUGGCCCGUGCCAAGGCUGCCCGUGACCUGGCUGAUGCAGCGGUCAGAAAUGGGGCAACUACCCUGGAAGAAGUCAAUCGGCUCCUAAACAACUUGAAAGAUUUUAACGGACGGGUGCUGAAUAACCAGACAGCUGCUGAAGAUGCCUUAAGUAAAAUCCCUGAGAUUAGCAGAACCAUCGACCAAGCCAACUCCAAGACCAAGCAGGCAGAGGACAACCUGGGCAAUGCAGUGAAUACUGCCAAUGAAGCUAAGAAGAAAGCCAGAAAGGCAGAUGGCAUUGCUGAUGAUGUUCUGAAGGAUGCUGUCAAGGCUUUAGAUGACACGACUAGGGCUCUGAAUGAUGUCAAUUCACUGGCAAAAGACAUGGUUGACUUGAAAGAUCAGUUAAAGGACAUAGAGACCAGCGUGGGGGAAAAGCGGAAAUUAGUGGAUGGUGAUGCAAAGAAUGCCAACAUGACCACAGAAGCCAUAGAUAAAGCAGUCGAUAACACAGCCAACGCAAAGGAUGCUGUGAGCAAAGCGACAGAUAUGAUAAACCAGAUGCUGGAAAACUUGGACAACCCUGUUGCGAUCAACUCGUCCAGACUGAUACUUGUUGAGCAAACACUGCAGGGUGCUAAGAAUCAGUUGAAUAAUGGGCUAAAGGUGAAACUGAGGGAACUGGAGCAAGCAGCUGCAUCCCAGAAAGACACAAUCGCAGCCUUUGACAGAGACAUCGAGGACAUCCGUGGAGAUAUUAAAAACCUAGAAGAAAUCAGAGAUGCUUUCCCCGAUGGAUGUUUCAACGCCGCAGCCAUUGAAAAGCAAUAAUUUCUUGGCAGACUCUGACCUAACCUGUUCUUUGUAUGUUCUACUAUGAAAAGAUUCCUUUAUUUAAUCCAUUAUAUUAUGUUAUCGCCACCUCGCUGGGUUUUUUGUUUACAACUCAGGCACCAGCGACGUAGGAAAAAGGAGACGGCAACUUUCAGCCUCACCAAACGUUUGUUUAAUGUAUGAAUUCGAGGGAGAAAAAGCAGUUGUGUAGGUUAGCCCACAUAUGUGGAACACUCAGUUUGGUUUGCAGACUCUAAAGCAUGGUCAUGGGUUUCCACAUAAUUCAGAAGAUUAAUUCGCUACUUAAUAUCAUGUG